AAAUCGGCAAAUCCCUAUCUCUGUCCAAACGGCAUGAUCAUGUGACAAAUUCCCAAUUCUCUCUUUUUCCCCAUCCCUUCAUAAACCCUACUUUCAUAUUAAUAAAUACAAUUAAAAUUGUUAAAGAGAGAGAGAGAGAGAGGAGGAAAACCAUUUUUUUUUUCUCUUUUUAAUUUUUCUCUUCCAAUUGAAUUUUGUGCAAUUUCCAAUGGAUUUCUUCAAAUCUGUAUUUGCCGACGAUAUUCAAUCCCAAUCCUCUCAUCUACCCACCGACCCGGCUCCGGACCUGGAAUCGUCUGCUACAUGGAGUUUCGGCGGCUUAAUAAAGACCCUUGCCGACAAGUCCGAAUCCGUGAUGGAAUCUUACCGGAAGGAAUUUGAGGAAUUCGGAUCCGGGUUAAAGAAGGAAACCGAGAUCAUACGGAGCGUGGCUUCACGCGCCGUCAACGAUUCACUUGAGAUCGGUGCCUCCGUUGCUCAGGAGAAGCUCGAGUCGGUGGGACAAGCCAUUGAUGACAUCGGUAGCUCCGUUUGGGAAUCAACAGCUCAGAUCAUCUCUCACGGUAAAGAUACGUUCUUAUCACCGUCCGAUGAUGAUAAUUCUGAUUCUGAAAGUUCUAAAAGAUUAAGUACUAGUAAUAAUAGCGUUGAUGGAAAACGUUAUAGUCGUUUUGAGAUGCAAAUUCGAGCGCUUCAAUCAGAUAGAAGUACUUACUGUAUGGAACCGGAGGAUUUAGAGGAUUUUGAGAAUUGGAAGUUAGGGUUUAAUUUGGAAGAGAAAAAAGGGGAAAUUGAGGGUUUGUUGAGUGAAAUUUCAGUUAUUCGAAAUAUUUUUAAAAAUGUUGAUUCUGAUGAAGUUGAAUCAAAGAGAUAUUGGACUAAUUAUUUCUAUAAGUUGAAUAAACUAAUGAAAGCAGAGGAAGCAAGAGCUAAGCUUGUUAAACGCGCAAUUUCGGGGGAGGAAGAGGAAGAUUUGAGUUGGGAUAUAGAUGAGGAUGACGACGAGGGUAGUGGAAAUGUUAAUAGUGUGAAGGAGGGUUCUAGUGAAGACGUUGAGAAAUGUUUGAAAAUCGAUGAGGAGAAAGCAGGCUCCUGUAAGGACAGUGAUGUAUCCGUGGUUUCGAGUAUUUCAAUGCCUGAGGAGGAAGGGUGGGAUGCUAUCGAGGAGAUUCAAAGCAUCGAUGACAGUAAAGGGGAAGAUAUCGGGAGCAGUAAUAAUAAGGUUGAUCUGCGUAAGCGAUUGACUGUUGCGGAAGAAGAGGAGGAUUUGAGUUGGGAUAUUGAUGAUGAUGAUGAUGAAGAAGAAGAUCAGCCUGUUAAAGCUUGAUAUAAUACUGGUAAUUUGGGCCGCCUUAUACUUUUACCGCCAUUUGCAUGUGCUUCAUUUGGCUGGUGAUCACUAUUCCCCUCUACCCCAUAUUUGUCUUUGCUUUCAUCUGUCAUUGGGACAUUUGCUAUUUUUGUUCAUUCAUUCUUCAUCUAAAGUUUUGUUGCUCCUAAA